AUGUCUUCUCCCGUCGACAACUCCGUCUUCCUCUCCCUCGCCCCCACGACCUCGUCCUCCUACCCCUUCAAGGCCCAGCAGACCACAGCCGUGGCCUCGCCCGCGCCCGAGCAGCCCCUCAAGCGCCGCACCUCGAGCGUCAGCAGCGCCGGCAGCAGCAACAACGGCCUGCGCUUCCUCAAGCUCGGCCCCGUCCACUACGGCGAGCACCCGGACGAGCACAAGGAGGACUGGCACCCCGCCCUCCUGUCCUAG